GUUUAUUUGCCCUUUCACCUACCAGUACUAGUAAAAGUGGUUGGUGAUUAAUUCAGUUUCAGAGAUUCCUUUAUCUUCAAGUUCAAAAUCAACACUUUGGUUGGUUUCUACACUGCUUUAUACGCGUAUAGUUGACAACUUCCCUUUCUUGAUCUUGCCACAAUCAUCAGGAUCAUUCAAGAAUCUCUAACCCUCUUCCUAUCUUCAAUUUCCAUCUUGAAAUUCGUUAAGAAGCUCUGAGAAAGAUGUCAUAUCGUGACCCUUUCUCCCAACAUACUGCUCAGAAUCACUCAUACACCGAGAGAGAUUCUGAGGCAGAUGAUCCUCCGCCGAUCGAGUUCUCCAACUCUCUUCAUUAUCAACCGAAUUCGUUUGACGAUCCUCAUUACGAUUCAAACGAAGACAUGAACAAGUACGAGCAUGAUCAAACUUUCGAUGGAGAUUUUAGCAAUGAAGAAAUUCCUUUGAAAAGUCGUGGCUUCACCGAACACCCACCCGUUGGGGGCUUCAAGAUCGAAGGGGCUGGCGAUGGAGCUUAUCCGCCCGACAUCGAUCCAGUCAAGGCUUUCGGCUUUCCCGUACCUUCAUUCUCUGGAAAUGAAGGUGAUACAGCCGAUUCUCAAUACAGUAGUGCCGCCGGUCUGUACAGGUCGCAAACCAGUGCUGAGGCUUGGGGGAAACGACAGCGUAUCAAUCCUAACCGUGCAAAGACGAUCAAAGUAAAACUUCAACAAGGAAACUUUGUUCAUGAAUAUCCUGUCCCAACUCCGGUCCUGAACGCAAACCUGGCGGGUGGUUACACGGGCGAGAAGAAUGAGUUCUCCCACAUGCGCUACUCUGCUGUGACUUGUGAUCCAGAUGACUUUACCAGAGAAGCAGGAUGGACGCUCCGUACAGAAAAUUACGGUCGUGAGACUCAAUUGUUGGUAGCUAUCACAUACUACAAUGAGGACAAGAUUUUGGUAGCCCGUACCCUACAUGGCGUGAUGUUGAAUUUGAGAGAUAUGUGCAAAGCCAAGUGGAGCGAAUUUCGUAAGGUGGCCGAAAAAGGUGGACUAGAGACGGGAGCCACAGAAGCGUGGAAGGCGAUUUCAGUUGUUCUAGUUUUUGACGGUAUUGAACCUGCUGAUAAAGCGACAUUAGACGUCCUGGCUACAAUCGGUCUGUAUCAAGAUGGAGUGAUGAAACGUGAAGUUGACGGUAAGCAGACCCAUGCUCAUGUCUUUGAGUAUACUACGCUUCUCUCAAUGAGCCCUAAGCCCGAGCUCAUCCAACCGCAUGCUAACAAUCCUGCCAACAUGGUCCCUGUCCAAAUGACUUUGGUCUUGAAACAAAAAAAUGAGAAAAAGAUCAACUCGCAUAGAUGGUUGUUCAAUGCGAUCGGGAAACAUCUAGAACCCGAAGUUUGUAUCUUGAUCGAUGCUGGAACAAAGCCCGGCAAUCGUUCUUUGUACUAUCUAUGGGAAGCUUUUCAUCAUAAUCCUGACUUGGGAGGUGCUUGUGGAGAAAUUCAUGCAAUGCUUGCCCGGGGUAAAAAGUUACUUAACCCUCUGGUCGCUGCUCAAAAUUUCGAAUACAAGAUGUCUAAUGUGCUCGACAAACCUUUGGAGUCGUCGUUCGGUUAUGUAUCAGUACUACCUGGUGCUUUUUCGGCCUACAGAUUUAACGCAAUUCAGGGCAGGCCCCUUCAACAAUAUUUCCAUGGUGAUCACUCUCUUUCGGACAGACUCGGAAAAAAAGGUAUCCAGGGAAUGGGAAUUUUCAAAAAGAAUAUGUUCUUGGCCGAAGAUCGAAUCCUUUGCUUCGAAUUGGUCGCAAAAGCCGACGCUAAGUGGGUGUUGGGCUAUGUCAAACCAGCCAAAGGGGAGACUGAUGUUCCAGAGUCCGCUGCGGAGUUGAUUGGACAGCGACGAAGGUGGCUCAACGGAUCUUUUGCCGCUGGUAUUUACUCACUCGCGCAUUUCCCAAGGAUGUACAAAUCCCGCCACAAUGUCAUCCGAAUGUUCUUUUUACAUGUACAGGCAUUCUAUACUACUUUUGGAUUACUCAUGAGCUGGUUUGCACUGGCGAAUUGGUUCAUAACCUUCACAGCUAUCAUUGAUAUAGUCCAUGACGAUUGGCGUGAUCCAUACGGUGCCGCGAUGAUCACCGAUUAUAAUAUGACUGCGCCCACCUCGUCCCCCAGCACCACCGAAGAAGCCCAAGCGGCAGUCGCAUGGAAGAUCAAGGAGUGUUGGUCUGGGACGAUUUUUGACAACUCUGCUCAUUUGAAGGACAACUCCGUGGCUUCCAAGUUCGACUGGUUAUUCAUAGUCAACUUGGUGUUGAAGAUGGUUUAUCUCGCUUUGAUUGCCCUACAGGUCAUAUUGGCACUUGGUAACAGACCCAAAGGAGAGCAGCCGACCUACAUAAUAUGCUUUGUCAUUUUUGGCUUGUUUGCGCUUUACUUGCUUGGUAUGACCUUGGUUCUCACAAUCCAAGCGUUUUGUCCGAUGUCGAUGCAAGUAGCCGAAAUCCAUAUUAAAGGAGGAAGUACUGUUGGGGUUUUCAUGGGAUCAACAUAUGGUCCUAUCUUCGCUGGUCUUGCUGGCACGUUUGGAAUAUACAUUGUGUCUUCCUUUAUGUACAUGGAUCCGUGGCACAUUUUCCACUCGAUGAUUCCUUACCUUUUGGUGGCUGUGUCUUUUACUAAUAUUUUGAAUAUAUACGCUUUUUGCAACUUGCACGAUGUUUCAUGGGGGACCAAAGGUUCGGACAAAGUCGAUGCACUGCCCGCGGUUUCGAGUAAACAAAGUGCCAAAGAAGGUGGCGCCAAGGUCGUUGAAGAUAUCCGCCGAAAUCAAGAGGACCUGGAUGCCCAAUUUCAACAAACCGUCUUACGAGCUGUGCAGCCUUUUAAAGACAAUUCAGAAGCCGAAAAACCUAAUUCUGACGACCAGAACAAGACUUUCAGAACCAGAUUCAUUACGAUAUGGCUCCUGACCAAUGCGAUAUUGGCGAUUGCUAUUAGCAGGUUGACAUCCGCAACUCGAACUUAUUAUUUUCAGGGUCUUCUGUGGUCUACCUUUGGAUUGUCAGCGAUAAGGUUCUGUGGUUUCUUAUAUUAUAUGUUCGGAGAGACAGUCUUUCGACUUGCUCGUCUUUGUGCUCGUACGCGGCGCUGAAGAGAUGAGCCCGCCAAGUUUUUCAAUCUUCGGAUCCACAAAUUUGCUUGAUACUGGAACCAAGCAUAACGGACUUUCAUGUAUAGGGAUGAGUAAUAAAACUUUGACUGGAUUUCACAUCGUCUUUCACCAACAAAUCUGCGGUUUUGACGUCCUCACUGACUGUAAAAAAUCAUACAAAGAACUUUUUUUAUUUCGAUGCAAAUAUUGAUGUACCCAUGAUGAUCACUUCGGACUAUGUAAUCAGGUCUCAAUGUAUCUGUCCAGCAUAGGCCAUGAUUCUUAUUUCUAUGACUCAAAUUCCCGGUG